CCAGGAGUCUGGGGGGAUGCUGUGAGCUCCAGGCUGGGCCUCAGCAAUGACUGCCUCCUAGGGACCCUCCAAACCCCAGAUGCCAACUGCGUGAGGAGGGGAGACUCGCCUUCCUGCCCCCAGGAUGGAAGAGGAGGAGCUGACACUGCAGAAGGGAGGGCUGGACGUCUCUGAGGCCCUGUCCUGCCCCGACAAGGAGACCUUUACCCCAAGCUGCGUGCUGGGCGCCCUGUACUGGGCCUGUUUCCGCAAUGACACUGCCCAGCUCCAAGCCAUGCUGGAUGAUGGGGUCUCCCCAGAGGAGGCCACCCAGGUGGACAGCAAUGGGAGGACAGGCCUCAUGGUCGCAUGCUACCACGGCUUCCAAAGUGUUGUGGCCCUGCUCAGCCGCUGUCCUUUCCUGGAUGUGAAUCAGCAGGACAAAGAAGGAGACACAGCCCUCAUGCUGGCUGCCCAAGCAGGCCAUGUACCUCUGGUGAGUCUCCUGAUCAACUACUAUGCUGGCCUUGACCUGGAGCGCCGGGACCAGAGGGGGCUAACUGCGCUGAUGAAGGCCGCCAUGCGGGACCGCUCCGAAUGCGUGGCUGCCCUCCUCAUGGCAGGUGCCGACCUAACUGCCGUGGAUCCUGUCCGGGGCAAGACAGCCCUGGAGUGGGCAUUUCUGACUGACAGCUUCGACACGGUGCAAAGGAUCCAGCAGCUGCUGCGGCGGCCCCAAGUGGAGCAGCUCAGCCAUCAUUACCAGCCUGAGUGGCCAGCUUUGCCCGGGCUUGUGGCCCAGGCCCAGGCUCAGGCCGCCCCGUCUCUCCUAGAACGACUUCAGGCCACCUUGAGCUUCCCCUUUGCACAGUCUCCUCAGGAGGGGGGUGUCCUGGACCACCUUGUGACCGUCACGACCAGCCUGGCGAGUCCUUUCCUCACCACUGCGUGCCACACCCUGUGCCCUGACCACCCACCUGCACUGGGAACCCGAAGCAAGUCUGUGCCAGAGCUGCUAGGCACUGCCCCGCCCCCUCCCCCAGUACCCCAACUCCCCCAGGAAGUCCCUGGCCCCCGGGUCUUCAUCCCCUACCAGAGCCCUCAGGGUGUAUUGAGCAUGUGCCAUCAGUGGCUCCAGCCCAGAGAUAGUACCAGCCCCAGGCCCCAAGCCCCUAAGAUCCUCCUCUCCAAGGCACCCUCAUCUGGCAUUCAGUGGAAGCCAGAGCCCAGGUCUGCAGGGAACCGAAGGCUGUCCCUUCCUGUCUGGAGAUACCAGGAACUCAGGAUGGAGAGGAGGAGGCAGGAGGAGUCCAGGCUGGCGCAGAGCCAGGGGACGACGGGGUAGGCCGGGCUGGGAACAGGUAAUCAGGCCCCUUCCUGAGGCUCCUUUGCCCUCUAGA